AUGGGCACACGGCAGCGAAAAGGCAAGGCUGUGGGGGCAAACGGGAAGGGUGAAUCUUCUGGCGGUCCUAAGGACCUCCAACAGCACUUGCACCGGCGUGGCACAGCAUCUGAAGACACAGGAGUUAGUAAAGGCACACCGGCCGCUGAAGACCGAAUGGCUUCUCGCAACAUUCAAUCUAACAGUCGCAAAGGUCUCCAGAACGAGAAAGGACAGAACACCAAGGAUACUUUUUCGAAGGCUGCAGCACUUGCUGAGUCAGAUAAUGAUGAUAGCGUAAAUUUGUUGGGGUCGGGUGGACACACGCUUAAUGAAGCGGGUGAUCAGGAAAGAGUAAGGAAAGAGAGAGAACGGAGACGCACUAAAAAGGAAGAUCGCAGCCGGAACAGAGAUAUGCACGCCAAGCAGAAGAAAGCGUUCAAAGGGUCUCUUUUCUCUGAGUUUUUCCAGGGCGUUUCUGGCAGGGAUAUUAAGUCUCGGGUUGCCUCUUGGCUGGUGUACAUCAUAGUACUUUCUGCUAUCGUCGGUAUGGCGCAGUGCGUGAUGGUUUGCUGUGUGGCGGACAUGCCAGGCAUUUUCGUGUUAAGAGCGCUGGAAGAAUACUAUGGCAUGGACGGCGAUGUGAGCGGAGAACAGCGACUGCACUACCUCAGUGUUCUGGGUUUGGAAGAUGGAGCGUCAGAAAGCGACAUUAGAAGAUCAUACAGGACUCUCUCUGUUCGGUGGCAUCCUGACCGCUACCCAAACUGCGGUGCUAACUGCCAACAACGGUUUCAGGAGAUUGCAGCUGCGUACGAAUAUCUGAUGAGAAAACAGAGAAAGUCGAGCGUAGAUGACGAAGCAGGGGAGCGGGGAGAAAGCGCAGAAGGCGAAGAAUAUGCCAACGUGAAGGUCACUUCCCAGGGGAUAGUUGAUUUCACCAACCUAGGACCUAACGACGUGUUUCCCCCGACCUCUGACACGAAGAACGUGUGGUCUAUCAUGGUUCAUCAAGACAAGGAUGACUGGAGCCAGUCUGUCUACGAGAUGUGGCAGGAAUCUUCACGGGCGCUGGGCAAGUAUGUUAAAUUUGGCGUCAUCUCUGUCCGGGGAAGGAAAGGCAAAGACGCCUUGAAAAAGCUACCUAUCAACGUCAAAAUAUUCCCAGCGAUUUUGCUUCUGACCGCCGGCAUGCACCCUGAGCAAUAUCCUAAUAUCUCACGCCCUUCUGUGGAGUCACUGAACCGCUUCAUCGCCGACGCCUUCCCUUCCAGCCUUGAUGUUGUUGAUAGUGCUGCGUUCCCUAUCAGUUGCCUGCGUGCCUCUUGGCAACUACGGACUAUCAUUGCGAAAUUUGUGCUUUUUGCCUCAGCUCGGCUGCUCAAGUCUUGGCUGUCGUCAUCGGCUUCUUCCCAGCCGCUUGCUGCGCAAUAUAAAGCGGUAAUCAUCCCUUCUGCUGCCUCAGCAAGCAAGCCUUCACUCCUAGUGAAGCAUGCGGCGUUUGCAAACAAGCAUCUGUUCAAUUUUUGUUUUCUUUCUAACAUACGUUCCAUCCUGACAAGCGAAAAGGAAGAGCUGAUUAAUGUUAUCGAAAACCCGCCAACGUGGGUUAGGCAACUGCCUCCCAACAGUGCGUCAGCCAAGGCGCUGAAACUCCCUGUACACAGGGAGAAGCUACGCGAACAAGACCUCACGUCUAGCUCGAACAUCCUGCUUUUUGCUGACGAAGGCAGAGGCAUUUCCCGGAUUCAAUCCACUUUGCAUACUGUCCGGUCAAAGCUUCUCAACCCGUCUACUGCUCUGGCUCUGGCUUUGGAUCGUUUCAAAGAGGUAGGCGCAGGAAAAAAAGCCAAGCGAUUUAGCGGUCUGUGCGGGCGUUUCGUUUGA